AUGGGUUCUCGAGGAUUUUCUUUUGUUUUCAUGCCGAAAAGUGUAGGUUUACUGUAUAACCUGCUGCCAGGCCGUUCAUCAUCCGUGAGAAUUCCUGGUAGCAGUGUCACCGCACUGGCUGCAUGCAAUUGCACCAGCCGUCAGUUUUCCAGUCGAGACUUGUUCACACCGGCACCCGCCAAAGACCACCACCAACGGACAACGGGUUCCAGCAGUGAGUGCAGCACGCAGCAGAUAAGGCGGUCGUUUUACACUUCGAACAUUCUGCAUAAAAAGGAUUAUUACAACACGCUUGGCGUGACAAAGAACGCAUCGGCGAAGGAAAUUAAGAAGGCAUACUAUCAGCUCGCAAAAAAGUACCAUCCCGAUACGAACAAGGACGAUCCUAAUGCGGGAAAGAAAUUUCAGGAUGUCUCCGAAGCGUACGAGGUGCUUAGCGAUGAAACAAAACGUCGCGAAUACGACACGUUCGGUCAAACGUCUGAGCAAAUGGGUCGAAGCGGAACAGGACCAGGGCCCGGUGCCGGACCGCAAGGUUUUUCACAAAACUGGCAGUUCCGGUCAACUAUCGAUCCGGAGGAACUGUUCCGAAAGAUCUUCGGCGAUGGUGGCUUUCAGAGCGGGUUUGACGAUUUUAGCGAUUCAAAGUUUGGCUUUGGAGGCGCCCAGGAAGUCAUGAUGAAUCUUACAUUCGCGCAGGCCGCACGCGGCGUUAACAAAGACAUCGACGUCAAUGUCGUGGACACGUGUCCUAAAUGUACAGGCUCGCGGUGCGAGCCAGGCACCAAGGCCGGCAAGUGCCAGUAUUGCAACGGCACGGGGAUGGAAACCAUCUCGACCGGACCAUUCGUCAUGCGAUCGACUUGUCGUUAUUGCCAGGGUACGCGAAUGUACAUCAAGUAUCCCUGUCUGGAGUGUGGUGGUAAGGGACAAACGGUGCAAAGAAAACGAGUCACUGUGCCAGUUCCGGCCGGCAUUGAGGACGGUCAAACGGUGCGCAUGAACGUGGGAAGUAAGGAGAUUUUCAUCACAUUCAAGGUGGAAAAGAGUCGCUAUUUCCGACGGGACGGAGCUGACGUGCAUACGGACGCAAACAUUUCCGUCUCCCAAGCCAUACUCGGUGGUACGAUACGCAUCCAGGGUGUGUACGAAGAUCAAACCAUCCAGAUUACGCCCGGUACCUCCUCGCACACGCGGAUACCCCUCACCGGGAAAGGUCUAAAGCGGGUGAACAGCUAUGGAAGCGGAAACCACUAUGUCCAUUUGAAGAUUCAAAUUCCAACCAAAUUAACGCCGAAGCAAAAAGCACUUGUUCAGGCGUAUGCUGAGCUAGAGGAUGACACGCCUGGCCAAAUAAUGGGUGUUACGUUUAAAACCGACGGUAAGUCUUCCGAUUCUAGUUCUGGCACAAAGUCUACUGCAUGGUCCUCCUCGAACGUCGCUGAUAAGCACACCCAAGGCGCCCGGGAUGAAAGUUACAGCGAAUACAAACCGCAUGACGCGACCGAUACGCACGAGCAUCGGAAAGAACGGUUCGAUUCGAGGUUCUAUUACGCGCUCGGGGCGCUGUUCGUGAUGGGGUGGUUUGUGUACUACAGCCACGUCCAAAUGAACGCGCAGUACGAAAGAGAUCGCGAUGCAGCUCUCGAGCGGCAGCGAAUGGCUCGCGGGAACAGCAGCCCGUUCGAUGAGACCUAAGACCACAGGGACAGUAGCAACUAACUAACGACGAUUGUUAAGUGGUGUUAUGGUGAUUAACGGAAUUAGAGUUGAAAUUGGUGGCCAAGCAAGUGUGGCUUAAUAAACGAUCAAA